UCGGGCUCAUCCCCGCCUUUCCCGGCCCCGGGUGUCCCCGUGACAAGGCAGCGCGGAGCCGCCGCGGGCCGGGCUCAUCCAGCCACAGCGGCCCUGGGGCCGAACAGGGGCAAGGCGGGGAGGGAGCAGCGCCCAGCCGGGCUCGGAACGUGGCCAGAAUGGUGCUGGAAGGAAACCCUGAAGUGGGGGCCCCUCGAACCUCAGACCUCCAGCACCCUGGGAACAAGGGGUCCUGUGUUCUCUCCUCUCCCGGUGAAGAUGCACAGCCAGGCGAGGAGCCCAUCAAGUAUGGCGAGCUCAUCGUUCUGGGAUGCUGUGAGGAAGGAGGUGAGAAAACCGAGGCUCAGAGAGGGGAAGUGACUGGCCCAAGGGCACACAGCUGCUAUAAUGGCUGUUUGGCAAGUGGGGACAAGGGCCGCCGGCGAAGCCGCCUCGCACUGAGCCGCCGACCACAUGCCAAUGGUGUGAAGCCAGACGUCAUGCACCACAUCUCCACGCCGCUCGUCUCCAAGGCACUGAGUAACCGAGGCCAGCACAGCAUCUCAUACACGCUGUCCCGGAGCCACUCGGUCAUCGUGGAGUACACACAUGACAGUGACACAGACAUGUUCCAGAUUGGCCGCUCCACGGAGAACAUGAUCGACUUUGUGGUAACAGACACAUCCCCAGGAGGAGGGGCCACUGACGGUCCUUCUGCCCAGAGCACCAUCUCCCGCUAUGCCUGCCGCAUCCUCUGUGACCGCCGGCCACCCUAUACAGCCCGCAUCUAUGCUGCUGGCUUCGAUGCCUCCAGCAACAUCUUCCUUGGAGAGCGGGCAGCCAAAUGGCGGACCCCUGAUGGCCUGAUGGAUGGCCUGACCACCAAUGGAGUCCUAGUGAUGCACCCAGCAGGUGGCUUCUCGGAGGACUCAGCUCCGGGUGUCUGGCGAGAGAUCUCGGUCUGCGGGAACGUAUAUACACUACGGGAUAGCCGCUCUGCCCAGCAGCGGGGGAAGCUGGUAGAAAAUGAAUCCAAUGUGCUGCAGGACGGCUCCCUCAUCGACCUGUGCGGGGCCACACUGCUGUGGCGCACUCCGGCGGGGCUGCUGCGGGCACCCACACUGAAGCAGCUGGAGGCCCAGCGCCAGGAGGCAAAUGCAGCACGGCCUCAGUGCCCUGUGGGGCUGAGCACCCUGGCUUUCCCCAGUCCAGCCCGUGGCCGCACAGCUCCCGACAAGCAGCAGCCCUGGGUCUAUGUGCGUUGUGGUCAUGUCCAUGGCUACCAUGGUUGGGGCUGCCGGAGGGAGCGGGGGCCCCAGGAGCGUGAAUGUCCUCUCUGCCGCCUUGUGGGGCCCUAUGUGCCCCUGUGGCUUGGCCAGGAGGCUGGCCUCUGCCUGGACCCUGGGCCCCCCAGCCAUGCCUUUGCGCCCUGCGGCCAUGUCUGCUCUGAGAAGACUGCCCGCUACUGGGCCCAGACACCACUGCCCCACGGCACCCAUGCUUUCCAUGCCGCCUGCCCCUUUUGUGGGGCCUGGCUCACUGGUGAGCAUGGUUGUGUCCGCCUCAUUUUCCAGGGGCCACUAGACUAGGUUCCCUGGGGCCCCCAGCUGCUGCAUCCACCUGCCCACCCAGGCCCCCCAUCUCCUGAAGCCCAGAGGGAGUGCUGCAUGUGGGAUAUUACCUGCUGGCACAUGGCCAUGCCAGAUAGACAUGUUGGAUGGACUGUGCCCCUCCCGCCUAAGUCUGGAGGUCCCCAGGAUCUCUAUACCGCCAUCAUACUGAUGGGACCUUCAGCACCAGCUCUGCCCUGGGCUAAUAGAGGGAAGUCCAGUCUCAUGUCCCUGCCCACCCUGGGCCGUCCCACGUCAUGCCGCCUACACUGUGUGCCCCUGGGGGGGUGAAGGGGCCCAGGGCCCCUGACCCCCAGCUUAGGCUGUCUGCGCCCUGAGCCUGCCAACCCGGUUCCAGAUAUUCGUCCUUCCUGCUGCCCUCCUGGGUUCUUCUAUAAACCUCAAUGCUCAGCCGCCCUCAC